AAGGCAUUAUGUACUGCUUAUCAUUAGAGAAAUUCAUACAUAAUUUUUUUCUUCUCUUCAGCCACCAGAAAAAGAGGGUGGCCUGCCUCGCCAGGUAGGCAAUAAGACGGAGUGCGGCCUCUUGGGAUUUGUCCUGGAUUUGAAGCAGGAUUAUGAGCCUGUUCGGAACCUCAUUCCUGAGGAGAAACUCUAUAAAGUUUACACGUUCAACUCUGUCAGAAAGUCAAUGAGUACUGUCAUUAAAAUGCCAGAUGGUAGUUUCCGAAUGUACAGCAAAGGAGCUUCUGAAAUUGUUCUGAAGAAAUGUUCCAGGAUCCUUAACGCAGCUGGUGAACCUCGUAUCUUCAGACCACGUGACCGAGAUGAAAUGGUGAAGAAAGUGAUUGAACCUAUGGCCUGUGAUGGACUCAGAACUAUCUGUGUCGCUUUCCGAGACUUUAACAGCAGCCCAGAACCUGACUGGGACAAUGAAAACGACAUAUUAUCUGACCUGACUUGCAUUUGUGUUGUUGGCAUUGAAGACCCAGUAAGGCCAGAGGUCCCAGAAGCCAUAAGAAAGUGCCAGCGAGCUGGAAUUACAGUCCGCAUGGUCACUGGAGACAACAUCAACACAGCACGUGCCAUUGCCAUAAAAUGUGGAAUCAUUCAUCCAGGAGAAGACUUUCUCUGCCUUGAAGGGAAAGAAUUUAACAGAAGGAUCCGAAACGAGAAGGGAGAGAUUGAGCAAGAGCGGAUUGACAAAAUCUGGCCAAAGCUUCGAGUGCUUGCUCGCUCAUCUCCCACGGACAAACACACUUUGGUAAAAGGUAUUAUUGACAGCACACAGGUGGAACAGAGGCAGGUUGUAGCUGUGACUGGUGAUGGAACCAACGAUGGACCAGCACUUAAAAAAGCUGAUGUUGGCUUUGCAAUGGGUAUUGCUGGAACAGAUGUUGCAAAGGAAGCCUCAGAUAUCAUCCUAACAGAUGACAAUUUCAGUAGCAUUGUGAAGGCUGUAAUGUGGGGACGUAACGUCUAUGAUAGUAUCUCCAAGUUCCUGCAGUUCCAGCUCACUGUUAACAUUGUGGCUGUGAUUGUGGCUUUCACUGGAGCAUGCAUUACCCAGGACUCUCCUCUAAAAGCUGUACAGAUGUUGUGGGUCAAUCUAAUUAUGGACACCUUUGCCUCACUUGCUUUGGCCACCGAACCUCCAACAGAGGCUCUGUUGCUCAGAAAGCCAUAUGGCAGGAACAAACCUCUUAUAUCCCGUACCAUGAUGAAGAACAUUCUGGGCCAUGCUGUUUAUCAGCUUACUCUCAUAUUUACACUUCUUUUUGUCGGUGAGAAAAUGUUUAAGAUUGACAGCGGGAGGAAUGCACCACUUCACUCUCCUCCUUCAGAGCAUUACACCAUUAUCUUCAACACCUUUGUCAUGAUGCAGCUUUUCAACGAAAUCAACGCACGGAAAAUCCAUGGCGAAAGAAAUGUCUUUGAUGGCAUCUUCAGAAAUCCUAUUUUUUGCACUAUUGUACUGGGUACAUUUGCUAUUCAGAUAGUAAUUGUCCAGUUUGGAGGAAAACCAUUUAGCUGUUCUCCCCUGCAGCUUGAUCAGUGGAUGUGGUGUGUAUUUAUUGGAUUAGGAGAACUUGUAUGGGGUCAG